AUGGCCAGUGACGACACCGUGCGGCUCGUGGAAACGGCCGAGCUGGCCGUGAGGAUCGGGUCCGAUGAGACCGUCAUCCAUCCGCAUGCCGAUCAUGGACCGGCAAAGGAAGAACACUGGAAAAGUGAAUCAUAUCUUGGAAGUGGCGGAGUUGGAUUGGUAUUUCGGGAGAAGUGUGUCGUGGGACCGUCAUUUGGCCAACUAAGAGCUGUCAAGGAGAUUCCGAAGCCAAAAAAUCAAAAGGAAGUUGACAUGGACAUCAUGAGUGAACUCACAGGGCUGAUUACUUUUUCCCAACCAGAGUAUGAGGCAUAUUUUGUCAAAACAUUAGGUUGGUAUCAGACUUCAUUAAAAGUUUUUGUUGCUAUGGAGUAUCUACCUCAAGGCAAUUUGCACGCCCAUCUUAUGGACCAAGGUCCGAUUCCUGAAAAUGAAGCGAAACUUGUCAUUCGGCAAGUACUUCGCGGUCUCACUUACAUACACCAACACAAUCUAGCACACCGAGGGAUAAAACCAUCUAACCUAGUGAUUCGAACUCAACCACCCGGCCAGGAGUGGUGGGUCAAAAUUGGCGACUUUGGAAUCAGCAAGAGCCCAAGACGUACCGUCAGUAUGUCACUGGCAGCCAGUGAAACCAUGGGCUUUUUGGCUCCAGAGAUUCUCGGGCUGUGUCCUGCGGCCACUGAUCUCCCAAGUGAGACUGCGGCUCAGAAAAGCGACAUGUGGGCUGUUGGGGAAACCCUACAUUUCAUACUCACAUGUGCCCAUUCUUUUGGCCAGGAUGUCGACGCUCUCCAGGACUACACCCAAGAUCGUCGAUCUUUUCCGAAUGAAAGACUCCAGGGACAGGGAAUCACAUCUCUCUGCGUGACAUUCAUUCAGGGUCUGAUGUGUUCACAGCCGAGUCUACGUCCGGGGCCCGAGCAAUCCCUCGAUCAUGUUUGGGCUAGGAUGCCCAACCACUACGCCACAUCAUUUUCUCGAUUAUGUUGCAUGAUACGAUGUCGAGGGUUAGAAGCGCCUUCGAUGGUAUUCUCCCGCGACGGGGAGCGACUUCUCGUCGUAUCCCCAGAGAAGAUUUAUCUUGUCGAAUCCGCCACAGGAAACGUACUCAGAACCUACGAGUCCUCGAAUCGAACAUUUGUGGCUGCAGCAAUCUCGCCCGAUGAUAGGUUUGCUAUGGUAUUGGAGGACUCUGGUCGACUGAAUCGCUUUGAGGUCGCGAAGUUGAAGCUCCUAGAAGAGAGAGGACCGUUUGGAAAGAUGCCUGCCGGAGACUGCUUCGUAACCUACUCCCACGAUGGGCGAUGCCUGGCGACCGCACAUAAAAGCAACAUUGUUAUUUGGAACCUAAAGGGAUCCGCUUUGCCAACAGCUGGAACGUGGCGUACGGGCAACUUCACUGUUAGGUCAAUGCAGUUUACAACAGACGACAAGUGCAUCAUCCUCGCUCUGGAUAGUGCAGUCUACAUCAUGCCGAUCAUGCCUGGCUUCAACAGGCCAGGCUACAAACUUGGAGAAGAGAUGAUCAAAUAUCCCAUUCCUGGGUAUGUCUCUGCUAUUGCGCCAAACGGUGUUGACUUUAUGCACUGCGACGAGAAUCAUAUUUACCUUUGGCGGGAUAGCGCCCAUUGCUGGCGAAGGCAAUACUAUCAUUCAGUGCCCUUCCAAAGGGCUUCUUUUUCGUCAUCUGGAGCCACAGUUGCCACGAUAGACGUUCAGGGAAAAGUAACACUUUGGCGGGCAAGAAGCAUGAGUGAAGUCGGGUGUCUUAAGUUUCCAGAAGACUUGGUUUUCAAACUGACAGUGUCACCGCCGGCGGGGAAGUAUAUUGCCCUGGGGAUAAUGGACCAUAAAGGACCGAAGGUUGUGGUGAGGGAGAUUCUCAGUUAUGAUUGA